GGGAUGACCCAUCGGAUUCUCGAUCCAUCAUCUCCAAGGCCUUGCACUGCGCUGUGCGAUCCCUAGAUCGGAAUCGCCAUGGGUUUCCUGGUGAUAACGCUGAUCUUCCUUCUCACCGGCGUCCUCGCCUCCAUUCUCGUCCGCCUCUGCUUCAGCCGCGGCCCUUCCACCAAUUUGCUUCAUUUAACAUUGGUUAUUACGGCCACCAUUUGUUGUUGGUUGAUGUGGGCAAUCGUCUACCUUGCUCAAAUGAAGCCUCUCAUCGUUCCGAUCCUCAGUGAAGGAGAGUGAUACUACUCCCCAACAAUCAUCAAGAGAAAUUGUUGUAAGCCCGAAAAUACUUUCAUUUAGAACCAGUGGAUUUUGCUACUGCUGUGAUAUUAUUUACUGUCUCAUAUGAUUUCCUUUGAUAAAUAAAACAUAUGACCAGUUUUAUCUUA